AUGUCACGACACAGGUUCGUGCGCAACAUAGAUGUACGCGAAGAGUUAGUGGAUGAUGCAUUAUCGGACGGUGGAGAAGACGAGCUGGACACGGCGGACUAUGAUCGAAUGAUGGACGGACUUGAGCAAGUUAGAGCGACUUUAGGAUCUGAAGAAGAAACCGGAGUCAACGACAGAGAUAUCAAGGAUACCCUGUACUAUUACCACUUUGACGUACGGCGGAGCAUAGACUGGCUGUUGGAGGAACAAGGGCGAAAGAAUGCCGCAAUGGAACGAAAAGACCCAGGGGAGAAACCGCUGCCACUGUUACCCGAAGAUAACAGUAACUCCGCCGUUCAAUACGUCACAAUGAUUGGUCCGAGUCAAGUAUCGGGCGGCUCAGGAAGGACAAACAUUCCUCUGAUUAGGUUGGCUCAGAGCCAGGAUGAGGAACUGUACGAAUCAUCAGAGCCUUCUAUCCUUCAGAGACAUCGCCUAUCUACCAUCACGGAACGUACAGAACGCACGGAGGAUGUCGGACAUCGGACUCCUGUGCGUCGGGAUUUCACCAGUCUACCUCAGGCGGGUUCCUCCUUGAGCGUGACGACUGAUUAUGGGGAAAUCAUCGAGCCUAGACGGUUGAACCCCAAUGAUGUCCUUCCAUCUCCCACAACCUCAGCUCUCCAGCGGUUAUCCUUUCACGAGUCAGCCCCAUCUGCCAGUCCGACGCAGUCUCGUACACCGUCCUUAAUGUCACCUAUACGCUCACCAGUUCCUCCGCUACCGCAGCAUGAGCCAAUCACCAAUAUCACAGAUUCUGGGAUUGGUCUCUAUCCUGAACACGACGCUAUCUCUCAUCCUCAGCUCAUGAAUGAUGAGGCACCGACGCCGGUGCCAGCCAGAAGUGAGAAGAAGUCAAAACUAUCCACUUUGGCGAGUUCGCGGUCAAGUGUGAGUGCGAGCAGCAGAAGUUCAAGGUCAUCUGCUUCGGACUUGGAGUCUGUAGUAACUUACCCGAAGCUGAGACCUUCUUCUGGCUCUUUUCUGUCGCUCGUUGAAGGAACAGCGCUCGACUUGGAGACCGUCGACCGAGCAGCAGUAGCACCAGAGCCUGAUGAUGUGCCAGGAUCGCCGUUUUCUCCUGCUUCCACCAUUCGUCCACAGCGGUCCACUGUUGCUGCUCGACCGACGGCAACCUUGUCUCAAGUGUCACCCGAUGACAUUGCUGGACCUGUUACCACUGUGGUGCGGUCCUCCGAAGCACCCGGAGGUCUUGCGCGUCCGCCUUCGAAGCUGGCAGCACUGGCGCAAGCGAAAGCACAGCAAGGGCAUUGGAUGCCGAAACCGAAGAAGCCCCCCACAGAGCCACUACUUCCCCUCCACAAACCUCAUACCGAGUAUCUCACGCCAAUCGCUAAUGGUUCGAGCAUGACUACAGCUAUUACUACGACUUACCAGACCCUUGGUAGUCUUAUGUCCCCUGCCGAAACAAUCAUUCCGCUGUCCUUCCCUCCAUCGUCCUUUCCAGUUCACCUCCCAGCCAAUUCAUCCUCGAGAAGCGAACAUGCAGCAGCAGAGCCGAGACAAUCGAAGUUGGCGAUAAAAAGCCGGAAGGCUUUACAAAAGCACGAACCCGAGCCUCCUUCACAAGAAUCUCGCCCUUCAGCUGAAUCACCGUUGUUCUCGUCUAAAGCCACUCGCUCCUGUGCGUCACCAUCAGCCUUCGCCUCCUUACUCCUCGAUGAUGAUCCACUGUUGCCCCACGAAGACAACGCACAUUUGUCCAAGAGCAAUGAUCAUAAAGACGACAGCAAAGGCGCACGCAAGCACAGAGGUCGUGGAUAUCGCUUUCAGAAUCCGUCCGACAGACAUAGAAACACCACCCACGGAGAGCGUGGCGUUCCUGUACCUCCUCUAUCACCGCUGAGCGGCUUCGCUUUUGAUAUUCCCAGUCCCGAUGACUUGGUUUCCAAUGCUCGUCGAGGAACAUCGCUAGCUGCACCCUCUGUCUCUUCUUCGCAAUAUCCGCAUUCAACGCCUUCUCUUGGCUCCUCUUCGCUUCCUGCAAAAGAACGGGAGAAGGCAUCCAAGUUGGCACAGUCCAAAAAGUCUCCUCAACCGAAAUUUGGAUUGGCGCCUUCUGCAUCAACGUCUAGAAAUGUCUCCCCUGCACCCGCGAAGACAACAAGGAAGCAGGCUGAUCACAAGGAUAUCAUCCGAGGAGGGAGCAGUAAUACGCCCUCUCAACAACAGAUUGAUCUUUCUGCGCUCAACCUGACCUCAGAAGUGGACACUCUUCCGCCGGAAGAAGACCCGCCGCCUAAGCCGACGAUUGCGAUGGACAAGCUCUUGGAACAAGCCAGAAAAGAACUUGAGGUCGAAGAAAAGAGCCAGAAGAAGGCCCUCAGUCUGGUCGUGAUCGGUCAUGUCGAUGCCGGAAAAUCUACCUUGAUGGGGAGAUUGCUGUAUGAGCUUGGAAGAAUGGAUGAAAAGAAACGUGCUGCCAACGAGCGGGGCAGUAGUAAGAUGGGCAAGAGUAGCUUCAGCUGGGCUUGGGAGCUGGAUGGCACUCUUGAAGAACGCGAGCGUGGGAUCACAAUGGACGUUGCGCUGCAGUCACUCAGCACCGUCCACCGAGAAAUCACGAUCCUCGAUGCCCCUGGUCACAAAGACUUCGUUCCCAACAUGAUAUCUGGCGCUUCACAAGCAGAUUCCGCACUUCUGGUUGUAGAUGCUGGGACUGGGGAGUUUGAAGCUGGUUUUGAUAGAGGUGGUCAAACUCGAGAACAUCUGCUCCUCGUCAGGAGUCUCGGUGUUGGUCAAGUCAUAGUUGCUAUCAACAAACUGGACCAGGUUGAGUGGUCACGAGCACGUUACGAAGAGAUAUGCAGUGCCAUGCGACCAUUCCUCGUCCAGUCCGGGUUUCAUCCUACAAAGACAAAAUUUGUCCCAGUCGGAGCAGUGGCUGGGAUCAACUUGACCGACCGCGAAGGCACAGCAGCACUGGCACUCAGUGAGUGGUACAAAGGGCCUACGUUGGUUGAUCUCCUAGAUGAUCUGGAUACGCCUACCCGUGAUAUCACAUCCCCUUUACGAUUUCCGAUCUCAAACGUCUACAAAGAACAAGGAUCAGGUCUCGCGGUUUCUGGCCGAGUCUGUGGAGGUAUCGUUCAAGUUGGUGAACGUCUGCGCAUCUUACCUGGGGACGAGUCGGCCACGGUCAAAUCGAUUGAAAGUUACGAGAAGACGGUGCCAUGGGCAAUAGCUGGUUCCAACGUCGUCCUGUAUCUAACUGCUGUCGAUCCCGUGCAUCUGGCAAUAGGAAGCGUGCUUUGCCGUCCAACAGAUCUCGUACCAUUAGCCACGGUCUUCACAGCACGGGUGAUGGUUUUCGACAUUCAAGUGCCCAUAACUGCAGGUGCAUCGGUUGAGCUUUAUCACCAUUCCCGUGACGUUCCUGCGUCGAUCUCAAAGCUAGUGUCAGUACUGGAUAGGGCCUCAGGCGUUGUAGUCAAGAAGAAUCCGCGUGUAUUGACAAAGAACACCUCGGCAGAAGUGCAAAUAACUCUUCGCACGGCAUCAUUGUCAGGUCCAUCAGCUAAAACACAACCUGUUCCCCUGGAGCCGUUUGCCGUGAACAAAGAGAUGGGUAGAAUACUGAUCAGGCGUAGUGGAGAAACCAUUGGUGCUGGUAUCGUCCUGAGCAUUGAAUAUUGA